AUGGCACCUGCUCCGAUCGCAUCUUCGAGCGACGAUAUCGCGACUGUUCUCCAACUAGUUACGCCCCCUCAGAUUGCCCCGCACCGCUCCCACGACCCCUCCAACAAUCAAAAGCGGAGUGAUCCCUUCCAGUUCGGCUCCCGCUACCUGGAAGAAGGAGACGAUGUCUUCGAGUUCAACGCCUGGGACCAUGUAGAGCCCGACGACGAGUUUAAAGCCUUUGCAGAAGUCCAAUAUUCUAAGCAGCGCGAAACCCCGGUUUCCGAUUUCGACAGAAACCGUUUCAAUGCCGAUCCUGCCAAAUGGUGGAACCUUUUCUACAAGAACAACACAUCCAACUUUUUCAAGAACCGAAAGUGGCUCCGCCAGGAGUUCCCUGUCCUUGCGGAUGUGACUCAGCCUACUGCAGGAAAGAAGGUGGUGCUGGAGGUCGGUGCAGGUGCCGGAAAUACCGCCUUCCCAUUGCUGGAGAACAAUGAGAACGAGGAGCUCAUGGUUCAUGCUUGUGAUUUCUCCAAGACCGCUGUCAAAGUCAUGCGCGAAAGCCCACACUACAACCCCAAGCAUAUCACAGCUGACGUGUGGGAUGUCACGGCGGAGCCGGAUGAGAACAGCAAUGGACUUCCCCCGGGCCUUACUGAGGAGUCGGUCGAUGUCGUCGUUCUCAUCUUUAUCUUCUCUGCCUUGGCUCCGGAGCAGUGGAACCAGGCUCUUCGCAAUGUGUACCGCGUCUUGAAACCCGGCGGACAUGUCUUGUUCCGCGAUUACGGAAGGGGCGACCUGGCACAGGUUCGAUUCAAGAAGAAUCGGUACAUGGGCGAGAACUUCUACGUUCGUGGUGAUGGAACACGGGUGUACUUUUUUGAUCGAGAGGAAACCGAGGUCGAGGAGGAACAGAACCCUACCGACACCAAGGGUGUCUUUGACAUCGAGAAGCUAGGUGUCGAUUACCGGUUGAUCGUUAACCGCCAGCGCAAGUUGAAGAUGUACCGCUGCUGGAUUCAAGGCCAUUUCCUCAAGCGUGAUACUACUGCCGCCGUCGAUAUUUCGAAGAUCGAAUCGUGA